AUGGACCACUCCCUCUUCACAGCCCUAAACGGAAUCCGGAUCGGUGCGCUCUCACUCGCGACCACCGACGACCACCGAACCGCGCAGGCCGUAUCUGUUGCCAAAUCCGCGGACGCAGCAAUCCUUAUCGUGGGAAAGACGCAAGAAUGGGAGAGUGAAGGGCAUGAUAUGACGACCCUCUCCCUUCCCGGUCGACAGAAGGACCUCAUCGAGGCUGUGGCAAAGGUCAAACCGAAGACAAUCGUGGUGAUACAAUCUGGACAGGAAAAUAGACGGGCGCUUGUCGAUGUUGUUACCGGCAAGGCCAACCCAUCCAUCCGGGAAAUUACCCGUUACAUCCCGAAGAAGCUCGAGGACACCGCAUCGUACGGUAACUUCCCAUUCAGCUCCGACGAUGAAGGCAAGAUCAUCCAAGACGAGACGAGCAUCGUACCCCUCUUCCCCUUCGGCUUCGGGUUCUGGUCGUCGUACACCACGUUCGAGAUCACGAAUGUUGGGUCUCGCGCAGUGUCCGGCGCCAUCGAGGUCACCGCCCACCUUCACAAUACUGGAAAGGUGUCCGGUGCUGAGGUCGUACAAGCUUACAUCGCCUCUGCUGCUGGUUCUGACUCCGGUCGCCCGAAGAAGCAGUUUCGCGGCUUCGCCAAGGUCCACCUCCUCCAACCGGGCGAGUCGACCAAAGCCAUGAUCAAACUCGACAAAUGGGCAACGGCGACCUACGUCGCAGAGCAGGAGAAGUGGGUCGUUGUACCCGGGAAGUACGUUGCCAUUGUGGCAAGGAACGCUGGCGAGAAGGAUGAGGUUGGACGGGUUGAGUUUGAGAUUACAGAGGGGCAGGAGUGGUUGUGA